GCCAAUCCCUGAUCUGGGGGAAGGGGGGAGCCUGGCCCCCCCCACUCCCUCAUAAGGACCAGCUGGGGGGUGAGGGGGCGCCGGCUGCUGCAAGUGGGACGGGGGUCAGAGCUUCAUAGAGGAAGAAAAACCUGGCGGGGGCAGGAGAGGAAAAGGAAGAAACCCAGGCAGACAGGCAGGUGGACAUACUGAAGAAGGACCCCACAAGUGAGAACUCAGAAGAACACACCACGCCCUGGCCCCCAGGAAGGGAGCACAAUGGAGGCCGCACACGCAAAGACCACAGAAGAAUGUUUGGCCUAUUUUGGGGUGACUGAGACCUCAGGCCUCACCCAAGACCAAGUUAAACGGCACCUGGAGAAAUACGGCCCCAAUGAACUCCCUGCUGAGGAAGGGAAGUCUCUGUGGGAGUUGGUGGUAGAGCAGUUUGAAGACCUCCUGGUGCGGAUCCUUCUCCUGGCCGCCUGCAUUUCCUUUGUGCUGGCCUGGUUUGAGGAAGGUGAAGAGACCAUUACUGCCUUUGUUGAACCCUUUGUCAUCCUUUUGAUCCUCAUUGCCAAUGCCAUCGUGGGAGUUUGGCAGGAACGUAAUGCAGAGAAUGCCAUUGAGGCUCUGAAGGAAUAUGAACCUGAGAUGGGGAAGGUCUACCGAGCUGACCGCAAGUCAGUGCAAAGGAUCAAGGCUCGGGACAUUGUCCCUGGGGACAUUGUAGAGGUGGCUGUGGGGGACAAAGUCCCUGCAGACAUCCGCAUCCUCUCCAUCAAAUCCACCACCCUCCGGGUAGACCAAUCCAUCCUGACAGGCGAGUCUGUAUCUGUCAUCAAGCACACUGACCCUAUUCCUGACCCCCGUGCUGUCAACCAGGACAAGAAGAACAUGCUUUUCUCGGGCACCAACAUUGCAGCUGGGAAAGCACUGGGCAUUGUAGCCACCACUGGUGUAAGCACCGAGAUUGGGAAGAUCCGAGACCAAAUGGCUGCCACUGAACAGGAAAAGACGCCCUUGCAGCAGAAGCUGGAUGAGUUUGGGGAGCAGCUCUCCAAGGUCAUUUCCCUCAUUUGUGUGGCUGUCUGGCUCAUCAAUAUCGGCCACUUCAAUGACCCUGUCCAUGGGGGCUCCUGGUUCCGAGGGGCCAUCUACUAUUUCAAGAUUGCUGUGGCCCUGGCCGUGGCUGCAAUCCCAGAAGGUCUUCCUGCUGUGAUCACCACCUGCCUAGCCUUGGGCACCCGCCGGAUGGCAAAGAAGAAUGCCAUUGUGAGGAGCUUACCCUCUGUGGAGACCCUGGGCUGCACCUCUGUCAUCUGUUCUGAUAAGACAGGCACCCUCACCACCAACCAGAUGUCUGUCUGCAAGAUGUUCAUCGUCGACAGGGUAGAUGGGGACAUCUGUUUGCUGAAUGAGUUCUCUGUCACUGGCUCCACCUAUGCUCCAGAGGGAGAGGUCUUGAAGAAUGAUAAGCCAGUCCGGGCAGGGCAGUAUGAUGGGCUGGUGGAGUUGGCCACCAUUUGUGCCCUCUGCAAUGACUCCUCCUUGGACUUCAAUGAGGCCAAAGGUGUCUACGAGAAGGUUGGCGAAGCCACCGAGACGGCACUCACCACCCUGGUGGAGAAGAUGAAUGUGUUCAACACUGAUGUGAGAAGCCUCUCAAAGGUGGAGAGGGCCAAUGCCUGCAACUCGGUGAUCCGUCAGCUAAUGAAGAAGGAAUUCACCCUGGAGUUCUCCAGAGACAGAAAGUCCAUGUCUGUCUACUGUUCCCCAGCCAAAUCUUCUCGGGCUGCUGUGGGCAACAAGAUGUUUAUCAAGGGUGCCCCUGAGGGGGUUAUUGACCGCUGUAACUACGUUCGAGUUGGGACUACCCGGGUGCCACUGACAGGGCCAGUGAAGGAGAAGAUCUUGGCAGUGAUCAAGGAGUGGGGCACUGGCCGGGACACCCUGCGCUGCCUGGCCCUGGCCACCCGCGACACCCCCCCGAAGCGAGAGGAGAUGGUCCUGGAUGAGUCUGCCAGGUUCAUAGAGUAUGAGAUGGACCUGACAUUCAUUGGUGUGGUAGGCAUGUUGGACCCACCACGAAAGGAGGUCACUGGCUCUAUCCAGCUGUGCCGGGAUGCUGGGAUCCGAGUGAUCAUGAUCACUGGGGACAACAAAGGCACAGCCAUUGCCAUCUGCCGGAGAAUUGGCAUCUUUGGGGAGGAUGAGGAAGUAGUAGACCGUGCCUACACAGGCCGAGAGUUUGACGACCUGCCCCUGGCUGAGCAGCGAGAAGCCUGCCGACGUGCCUGCUGCUUUGCCCGUGUGGAGCCCGCACACAAGUCAAAGAUUGUGGAGUACCUGCAGUCCUUCGAUGAGAUCACAGCGAUGACAGGCGAUGGGGUCAAUGAUGCCCCAGCCCUGAAAAAGGCCGAGAUUGGCAUUGCCAUGGGAUCUGGCACUGCUGUGGCCAAGACUGCCUCUGAAAUGGUGCUGGCUGACGACAACUUCUCCACCAUCGUGGCUGCCGUGGAGGAGGGCCGUGCAAUCUACAACAACAUGAAACAGUUCAUCCGCUACCUCAUCUCCUCCAACGUGGGUGAGGUGGUCUGCAUCUUCUUGACAGCCGCCUUAGGGCUGCCUGAGGCCCUGAUCCCUGUGCAGCUGCUGUGGGUGAACUUGGUGACUGAUGGGCUCCCAGCCACAGCCCUGGGCUUCAACCCACCAGACCUGGACAUCAUGGACCGGCCCCCCAGGAGCCCUAAGGAGCCCCUCAUCAGUGGCUGGCUCUUCUUCCGUUACAUGGCAAUUGGGGGCUAUGUGGGUGCAGCCACAGUGGGAGCAGCUGCCUGGUGGUUCCUGUAUGCAGAGGAUGGGCCUCAUGUUACCUACAGCCAACUGACUCACUUCAUGCAGUGCGCAGAGGAGAACCCUGACUUUGAGGGUGUGGACUGUGAGGUCUUUGAGGCCCCUGAGCCCAUGACCAUGGCCUUGUCUGUGCUGGUGACCAUCGAGAUGUGCAAUGCACUCAACAGCCUAUCUGAGAACCAGUCCCUGUUGCGCAUGCCACCCUGGGUGAACAUCUGGCUGCUGGGCUCUAUCUGUCUCUCCAUGUCCCUCCACUUCCUCAUCCUCUACGUUGACCCCUUGCCGAUGAUUUUCAAGCUCCGGGCCCUGGAUAUCACCAAGUGGCUCAUGGUCCUCAAGAUCUCACUUCCCGUCAUUGGGCUUGAUGAAGUCCUCAAGUUCGUUGCCCGGAACUACUUGGAAGGAUAACUGUUCCCCCUCCUACAUCUCUUUGAACCCGUGUCACAGAUCCAGAAGAUGAAAGAAGGAAGUAACCAUCCUUUUGUCCUGUCUUCCCCACCCUGAUAGUGAUGCAUCUUCAGCCAGAGCUGUGGCACAGAUCCUUCCCCUCCCCUGAAGUGUUUCUGUUUAUAAACACAAUGUACCCCCUACCUUUCCCCUCCCCAUUUAGCAUCCAACCCUCCCUUUCAACCUUGUAAAUCUCCCCUUCCCGACCCCAAGGGGGUUGCAGGGACAAGGCGACCGACUGAGCUGAGCUGCUUAUUUAUUGAAAAUAAAUGACAGAAAAGUCUGA